UUAUUGUCACUGAGGAAACUUUUAAAAAAAUAAUCAGCAAACAGGCCAAUUCCAAUAAAAAUGAGCCUGCUGUAAUCGACGAAGAAGAUGUAUUAUCCUCGCAAGUUGAAACUACAAAGAUGACUAAACAGGCUAAAGAUAGUCAGAUAAACAAAAUUUUUAAAAUCGCAAAGGACAAAAACAAA